AUGCGAUAUUUGAUACUGAUUUCGGCGGCUGUUUGCCUAUUUGGGGCUUUCUACGGCGUAAGUGGGCAGGGAGGUAAAUCGUCUCGUGGCGUAUGCAAUUAUGGUGGUAAGAUUUAUUCCAAAGGAGAAAAGUUUAAACAACAAUGUAAUACUUGCAAAUGUAAAUCUGGGAGAGUGAAAUGCUCUAAGAAUAGAUGCGGAAAUGUCUGUACUUGGACAGAUUGCAGGAAAGUCCGCUGUCCAAAGAUUAACUGUCGUCACGGGUCACACUAUCGUCAAGGAGAAUGCUGUCAGGCCUGUAACGAACCGACUGUAUUAGAAGAAGUGUGCCCGCCAGUGACUUGCAAAAUGUUUUGCCAAUAUGGAUACAAUAAAAACUCAAAGGGAUGCGAUAUAUGUUCAUGUAAGGAAAAUCCAUGUCAUCUUACCGAUUGUCCACCAAGUCGACCAUUUUGUAUUGUAAAGGGUAAAGAGGCGGUGUGUCAAAAAUGUAGUAACAUCAUGUGCAUGAUGUUCUGUGAAUUUGGCUUCAAGAUUAGUGCGGAUGGGUGUCCAAUAUGUUCGUGCAAUCCGGAUCCUUGUUCAGUGAAAAUCUGUCCGAAAAAGAAACCAGUGUGUGUGGUCAGUGACAAGAAAGCCGUUUGUCAAGAAUGCAGUAAUGUAAUGUGCGACCUGUACUGUCCGUUCGGAUUUAAGAGUGAUGAUAAUGGAUGUGCAACAUGUUCCUGUAGCGCCAACCCUUGCAAGGUGACUCUUUGUCCGACAGACAAGCCCUAUUGUGUGGUGAAGGGAAACAAACCCGUUUGCCAAAAAUGCAGUCCUGUUGAGUGUAGGAUGUUCUGCCAAUACGGAUUCAAGAAGAAUUCGGAUGGUUGUUCGAUUUGUUCAUGUGAAGAAAAUCCUUGCAAGAAAAAAUCCUGCGGAUGCGGAGAAGUUUGUGAAGUCCAAAAGGUGACGUGUGUCACGACCCCGUGCCUUCCAAUAGCCGUAUGUGUAGAUGACCCCAACCAACUACCAUGUGCAAGGCCUCAAAAAUCUGCAAAUGGUGCCCUGAUUUACUGUAGGCUUGGACUAAGCAUAGAUUGUGCUCCUGGAUUCAAUUGUGUAGGAUCUUCAAAUGGCAAAUGUGGAGUAUGUUGUCCAUUAAAGCAAUGUCAGUACAAUGGCAAGGUUUAUAACAAUGGGGAUCAGUUCCCCUCAGUUGAUGGUUGUAAUAAAUGUAGCUGUCAGCUAGACGGUAUAGUGCUGUGUACAUUAAAGGCAUGCCCUAAGAAAGACUGCUCCCAUAAUGGCAAGACAUACAAACAUGGGUCUAACUUCCCCCGUGGAGAUGGAUGUAAUACAUGUUUCUGCACUGAUGGAGUUGUUGGCUGUACUGAGGCAUUCUGUGCUCACUGCAAGAAAGAUGGCAUUCUAUAUCCUCUGGGAGCUUCAGUGCCCGGAUCAUGGCCUUGUGAACACUGUCGCUGUGUUAACGAUCCCGACACCGACAUAUUGGAUGCAAAGAUCAUAUGUGCAAUUCAAGGUUGUCCGCCACCGGCUUGUCAAAAUCCCGUGACCAUGCCAGGUCAAUGCUGUCCUGUUUGUAAAGGAUGCAAUCCGAUUAUGUGCACGAUGUUCUGUGAAUUUGGCUUCAAGAAGGACGCCAACGGUUGCGAUAUAUGCUCGUGUGCAGAUGACCCAUGCAAGAGUAAAACGUGCCCAGUUGGCCAAAUAUGUAAGAAUGUACAGUGUAUCAAGGCCCCGUGUGAUCCUAUAUGUGAAGCAUGCAGUCCGAUUAUGUGCACGAUGUUCUGUGAAUUUGGCUUCAAGAAGGAUGCCAACGGUUGCGAUAUAUGUUCGUGUGCAGAUGACCCAUGCAAGAGUAAAACGUGCCCAGUUGGUCAGAUAUGUAAGAAUGUACAAUGUAUUAAGGCCCCGUGUGAUCCUAUAUGUGAAGAUGAUCCGAACAAGCUUCCUUGCUCUCCUGUGCAAACCGCUUACGGACAGCAAAUAUUUUGUGGACGUGGGCCAGGCAGACAAGACUGUCCCCUUGGAUCCGAAUGUGUGAUAUCACCCGUCGAUGCAUAUGCAAUUGCUUUUAUGACGGUGUUUAUUAUGCUGUUGGAGCAUCUUACGACGCCACAGACGGCUGUAACAAAUGUUCCUGCGCACCGAAUGGCAAAACUUUGUGUACAUUAA